AUGAGUUGCUCAGAAAACCAAUCUGUUAACUUCCAGUCGACGGAGACGGAAGUCAUGCAGAGCGUAUUUGCCGAAUUGCGCGCGGCACGUUUCCACGUUUCUGAACGUAAGUUGUUGCACUUUAGUCGGUACGUAACCGGACCUGCCUCGAUCGGUUGCCGAUACCGUUCCUUGGAAAACGUGACCGAACCAUUCGCUAUUAACCGCCGAUACCGGUCCGAACCAAACGUGACCAGACCAUCAGCGAUUGGCCACCUGCAGUCCACGCCCGCAGAAGUCUGCACCUUACUUUGCCGAGGACCGAAUUUAGCUGAACCGGAAGACACCGUCACGGCGGAACAGCCGCCGGCAGAGUUCAGCCAUGAACCUUCUGACAACGUGACCGGACCAUCAGCGAUUGGCCACCUGCAGUCCACGCCCGCAGAAGUCUGCACCUUACUUUGCCGAGGACCGAUUUUAGCUGAACCGGAAGACACCGUCACGGCGGAACAGCCGCCGGCAGAGAGCAGCCAUGAACCUUCUGACAACGUGACCGGACCAUCAGCGAUUGGCCACCUGCAGUCCACGCCCGCAGAAGUCUGCACCUUACUUUGCCGAGGACCGAAUUUAGCUGAACCGGAAGACACCGUCACGGCGGAACAGCCGCCGGCAGAGAGCAGCCAUGAACCUUCUGACGCGGAGUCGAUGGGCCUCGUCGAUCUGUUCGACCUUCAGCCGGAUGACCAUGUGUGCCGGGAAAUCCCGCUGCCACCAGCUGGCCCGUCAACGUCCGUCGACCUUGUGCUCGUCCCGGACAACGUUGUCGAGGUUCCGGAAGUCCCGCCGCCGUCAGACGACCGGACAACACGAGACGAGACCGUGCCGGAACUGCCAAUCGUUCCCGCGGCGAGUUCCGGCCAGGCCGAACUGGAACCGGAUACCGCCGACAGGGGCCGAGGUGACGACGACGCAAGCCGGGCGAUGGCAGCCGUGGACGACCCCGCGGCCAAAUCGAAAAAACGCACUACGCUUUGGAGACGGACCAAGCGAAUCGUCCGUCGCGUGUUUUGUUGCGGCGUUUGA